UGUCAUAGCAGUCAGCUAACUUUAAAAAUCAGUAUUAGAAAUGGCUUCUUUGAGGAGCCCGUCUUCGCCGACCGACGGUUAUAAAAGAUUCAGUGAUGAUUUUGCAAACACCAGUAUCAACAAUUACGGCUCCAACGUUACAAACAAUCGUACUGGAGAUGGCGCUGGAGACGGGACCCUGGACAUGGGAAGCCGUUCAUCACUCCACACCGGAAUACAGAUGUCGGAGGAUGAGCAUUGGGAAAUGAACUAUCAUGAAGCCGCCAUAUAUUUAGAGGAAGGCCAAAACAAUGAGAAGUUCGAUUCGCACCCAUCUAGUCCGGAGGAGUUACCCGCAUACCUCCGGGUACACAACCCCUGGUAUCAUGGUCUGGACCUCUUGGCUUCACUGGUACUUAUACUGCUGGCCUUCACCGAAGAUCCAGCUGUACCGGCUUUUGAACUACCAGUAUGGGCUCACGGGACUAUAGAGCUAUUAGCGCUAACUAUCAUCGGUAUAGAGUUACAUCUCAAGUUAAAAUGGAUUGGAUGGGGUACAAUCUUUAAACAUAAGAGGACUAUGAUCAAGGGUGUUACACUCCUCAUCAUGGUGUUGGAGGCGGUUGUUGUGCUGUGUCGACAGUCUUCUCAUUUCCGUGUUACUAGAGCCCUGCGUCCCAUCUUUCUGGUUGACACCCGCCAUUGCGGCGGCGUCCGACGUUUUAUAAGACAAAUACUUCAGUCUUUACCACCCAUCAUUGAUAUGUUAGGUCUUCUAAUGUUUUUCGUAGCUACAUAUUCGUUGCUCGGUUUUUACUUGUUCUCGGAGCACGUGGACAACGGUCACUUUCAGACGAUCAGCGAUUCUUUCGUCAGUAUGUUCGUACUGCUUACCACAGCGAAUUUCCCUGAUGUCAUGAUGCCGUCGUAUGCAAAGUCCAAGUGGUACGCGUUGUUCUUCAUUCUGUAUAUAAUCACUGUACUCUACGUACUAAUGAAUUUGAUGCUGGCGGUGGUGUACGAGGCUUUCACCCGCAUCGAGCGAGAAAAGUGUCGUGCGUUGUUGCUACACCGGCGAGGUGCUGCUCACAGAGCUUUCCGUCUGCUGGUGUCGAGGAGAGCGCCGCGUGCUGUCCGCCUACGGCACUUUGCCGGUCUAAUAAGACACUACGCACCGCAUUACAGUGGUCUGGACGUGUAUCUAAUGUUCAAACAGCUGAACAAAUCCGGUUCAGGAGGUCUGUCCCGGUCUGAGUUUAGUCAUGUGUACGACGUGUUCGCGCUUCGCUGGGCACCGCAGACGACGCGAGCUCCUUGGUACAGUGAAUCGCCCCUGGAGCCACUCGCACGAGCAGCCGCCGCCGCCGUUAGAUGGGACUACUUUGAAUAUCUGAUAUAUGCUAUAAUAAUCGGUAACGGCGUCUCUAUGAUUCUCCGCGUGUUUGAGGCUGCCGGUGACUUACAGGACAGCGCACGUCUUUUGUGUGCCUCCUGGGAUACAUGGCUGUUCCUUGUCUUGUUCCUUGUGGAAGCAUCUCUCCGUAUGCUGGCUUCGGGCCUGUCCUCAUACCUGGAAUCCGGGUGGAACGUAUUUGACUUGAGCGUAACGCUACUGGCUCUGCUUGGAGCUGUGAUGCUGUCUAUAGCACCCAAGCUAUUCAUCGUGGUGAUGUUUAGACCAUUGAGACUGAUGCGGCUGUAUAAGUUGAAGAAGCGUUACCGCGACGUGUUUGGUACUCUGGUGCUGCUCUCGCCACUGAUGUCGUCGGCCGGCUGCGUCAUGCUCGUCAUGUACUACUUCUUCGCCAUAGUCGGUAUGGAGCUGUUUGCGGGAUAUGACCUCAGGAACUGCUGCGUUAACACAACCGUGGAAGACUUUUAUAAAUACUCCGAGAACAGCUCCACUCCUCUUGGCUACUACUACCUAAACAACUUCGAGAACAUUCUUACAAGUGGCGUUUCACUGUUCGAGCUGACCGUCGUCAACAACUGGUUCAUACUCAUGAACGCUUACGCGAUAGUUGUGGGGCAGUUCAGUAGAGUGUACUUUAUGGUAUUCUAUCUAUUCACUAUGGUGGUGUUAACGAUCGUGGUGGCCAGUGUGUUGGAGGCCUUCCGAUUCAGGAUACAGUACAAGAGAAGCACCACGAAAAGAGAUGAGGAAAAACUGCUACAUGAGGAGGUGCAUACGUCAUGGGAAGAGGCACAGCGGUUCGGGGCAACCGGAGACUUGGCGGACGAAUUGAGGGGAUUCCUUCCACCAGGGAUGGAAAUGACAUUUAUCGGUACCAGGCCAAGGACGAAGGAAGUUUUACAGAGAAGGAUGUACCAAUCAGACAUACAGAAGUGGUUGGCAGAUGAGGAUGAUAAUGAUGAUUUGCAACCCUCUACAACGACCACAUCUAGUGAUCCGCUGUCACCACCACUGAUCCAGCAACCCGAUUCAACCAACAAUAACCAUCAGAUACGACCCGGUUACCAGUUGUAGAAUUUAAUACUCCUGCUCCUUCGUGACAGACUAACUUUUGUGUGGGACUUUUUAGGAAACUUAUAAAAACUCUUUGGUUGAAGUGACUUGUUAGUUGUUCUGACAAAAAUAUACUGAACAGGCGAGAAAGUAAAUAUUACAAUGUUUUAAAAUAAUGCAAUUAAUUAUAACAAUUAUUUAUUGAUAUUUGUUAAGUGGAGCAGCUAUAUUUAAGUGGAAUUUAAAUCUUCCUUAAAAAUUAUUUUUAACAUUUAUGCUUAUUACUAAGAAAUUUCCAAAUAUAUAUCGGACGGUAUUAUAUAAUAUCUGUGAUAGUUGACAGUGGCAGAUUUGAAGACAAGAUUUUAGCGAAUUCAUUUGGUUCUUUAUUAAAAUCUUUUAAGAAUACUCAGUCACUAUAUAUGUAUCUAGUUUCAUAAAUCCUAAAGGCAUGUACAUGUUUUAUAAUCAAGUUAUGUACAUUUUGCCUUUUUUAUGUCAAUCAUAUAAGUGAGUAUGAAUUUUGUCAAUUUGACGGCAAUGGAUUCAGUUGAAGACUAUUUUUACAACAUAUGACAUUAUUUAUUUAGAAAAUUAUAAAAUUUUAUGAUUUAACUUGUCGUCAUUACAAUAUCCGUGACCUAUUUUUGUCUUACUGAUAAAUAAUUUAAUCUAAACAUUGAAUUUUGAACAAAACUUAUCGUACGAUUAAAUGCAGUGGUUUGGUGUAUUGAAUGCUUUUAAAAAUUACUUGUAACAUUAGAAGCCUUAAGGCAAGAGGCCUUAUAGUUAUAUAAAUAGUUGUACCGGAAAUGGCUUUUAGUAAGUGAAAAACCAAUUACUAGAAAUUUAUGGUCACGUCGAGAUUUUAUGCUACUAUUUGCGGAUAUAUUUACUAUUAAUAGUAUUAUUGUGUUUUAAAUUAACUUUAGAGAUUAUUUAUAGGCUUUUGCUUAUGAGAUUUAAAGCUCAGUAUUUAAUUUUUGUAGGUACUGUUCAGUGCAAUUCUAUUGUUAAGGAAAACUUACAAUUUCAUUGAUGUUAGAUAAAAAAUGGAUGUACAUGGAGACUAGCAUGAGAACGCGUCAUCAAACUAACUGCAGUUUUCUGUUAUUUAUUCUAUCCUAUUCUAAUAUUUAUGAAGGAAAUUAAUAUUUAUAUAUAGUAAUGUUGCGAACUUGAGUUAAGGCUACAGGACUAUCUCUCCGGCUAACUCGGUGUGGCAAUUUUCUUAACUAUAGAUUAUGAACUGAUCAGGCAGAUCAUUAAGUGGCGUAUAGAAAGUAGUUUAAGUAGAAAAUCGAUUUUAGGUGUAAUGGAAUGUUACAGGUCCUUUGUAGGUGUCUUAGAUGUUUUGGUUACAUAAUAUUUUGUCAGUGAUUCAUAUAGAAAGAAAUAUAUAUGUAUAAAUAUAUUUUUGUAUUAUAUUUUAGUUCAAUAAUAUUUUGUUUUUAGUAUGUUAUUGUGAUAGUUUAAAAUAUAAAAGGACCAUUUAGUGAAAUUUUCUUUUUGUUUAACAUCAGAUGUAUGUAUUAUUUGGAAAUAAUUUUAACACUGUUCUAUAUUAACUAUGAUUACUUAUUUUAUUGUUACCGUAAUAAAUAAAAAUAUAACAAUA